CUGCCCAGGAAGCGGCUAGCUAGUGCAUGCUUUCUGGAUUGCACGCUUGCUCGGAAGGAUGGGGAAAUCCGGAGGGGUCUCCGCGGGGUCGGUUUCCGACCCGGUGCGCAACUUCGAGCGCUGGAAGAAGAAAUACGCGCAGCGCAACAACAAGCUGAAGCUGCAGCGCAAGCAGAAAAAGCGGCCUGAGUGGGAGGUGGAGAGGGAGGCGAUCGCCCGCCUGGAGCAGCGUUACUCCGAGAUAAAUACAAAUGAAAUAGUAAGGUUUUCAGAUUUCCCUCUAUCCAGGAAGACGUUAAAAGGUUUGCAAGAAGCUCAGUAUCGCAUGGUGACUGAAAUCCAGCGACAGACUAUAGGUUUGGCAUUACAAAGUAAAGAUGUGUUAGGAGCUGCAAAAACUGGUUCAGGCAAAACCUUGGCUUUCAUUGUACCCGCUCUGGAAGUCUUAUAUCGCCAGCAGUGGACUUCCACGGACGGGUUGGGAGUUCUGAUAAUAUCACCCACUAGAGAGUUGGCCUAUCAGACGUUUGAGGUCCUGCGGAAGGUGGGAAAGAAUCAUGACUUUUCAGCGGGACUCGUCAUUGGUGGAAAGGACUUAAAACAAGAAUCAGAAAGAAUCCACAAUAUAAAUAUACUGAUAUGUACGCCUGGCCGGCUUUUACAGCACAUGGAUGAAACUUCAUAUUUUCAUGCUUCUAACCUGCAAAUGUUGAUACUUGAUGAAGCUGACAGGAUUUUGGACAUGGGCUUUGCUGAUACGAUGAAUGCAAUCCUAGAAAACCUUCCCAAGAAACGCCAGACGCUGCUUUUCUCCGCCACUCAAACAAAAUCUGUGAAGGACUUGGCGCGACUCAGCCUCAAAGAUCCGGAAUACGUCUGGGUGCAUGAAAAGGCAAAGUUCAGCACCCCGGCAACUUUGGAACAGAACUACGUUGUUUGUGAGCUGCAUCAAAAAAUCAACAUGUUGUACUCCUUUCUGAGAAGUCAUCUGAAUAGGAAGAGUAUUGUAUUUUUUGCAAGCUGCAAAGAGGUUCAGUACCUCUUUCGUAUGUUCUGCCGCCUCCGUCCCGGGCUGCCUGUACUGGCACUUCACGGCAAGCAGCAGCAGAUGAAAAGAAUGGAAGUCUAUAAUGAUUUUGUGCGCAAGAAAUCAGCAGUUCUCUUUGCUACAGAUAUUGCCGCUCGGGGGCUGGAUUUCCCUGCGGUGAAUUGGGUCAUUCAAUUUGACUGUCCAGAGGAUGCAAAUACAUAUAUUCACAGAGUUGGAAGGACAGCCAGGUACAAAGAAGGUGGAGAAGCUUUGCUCAUACUUCUCCCUUCAGAGGAAAAAGAAAUGCUUCAGCAGCUGUUGCAGAAGAAAGUUCCUAUCAACAAAAUCAAAAUCAACCCUGAGAAGAUUGUGGACAUCCAGAAGAAGAUGCAGUCCUCCUUAGCUCAAGAUCAAGGGUUGAAAGAGAGAGCUCAAAGGUGUUUUGUUUCCUAUCUGCGAUCCGUCUACCUAAUGAAGAACAAAGACGUAUUCGACGUAUUCAAGCUACCUGUGGCUGAAUAUGCCCUCUCCCUCGGACUUGCUGUGGCCCCUCGUGUGAGAUUUCUUCAGAAAGCCCAGAAGAAAAUGCUUGGAAGCAACCCUGAAAAAGAAUGUUUGUUCAGGGGGGCAGAUCACUCUGAGAAAGAACCACCUUCCUUAAGCAACAACGAAGUAGAGAGAUGCAGGACACUCUUCAGUGAAACAGUGACGUUAGCAGGAGAGGAGAUCCAAGAGCUUCGCAGCAAAGACAACAGAAUGGAGGAGGAUUCAUCUCAAGGAGAGUCUGAGUUGGAAGAGGAACCACUAAUGUGCAAGGACUUGAAAACUCCAUCUGUGCAGUUCUUUGAAGAUGAUGAAGACGACGAUGACACAAAGGAUGUUGAUGUGCUGACCGUAAAACGGCGGAACGUCUUUGGCUUGAAACCCACGGUAGCUUUGAACUCAUCAGAACAAUCAAAACCAAAACUGAAGAAGAAAAUAACUAAGACAAAAGAAGCUAAAAAAGUAUUGAAGAGAAAAUUUAAAGUAAACACAAAAAUUGUAUUUACUGAAGAGGGGGAGCUAAUUCAGCAGUGGCCGCCAGCACAGAAGAAGUCUGUUGAAAAUAAAGCAGAACAGAGUGAUGAUUCUGGAGGGAUCGAUCUAGAACGAGCAAAAGAGAGACUGCAGGAAGAGGACAAAUUUGACAAAGAAGAAUACAGAAAGAAAAUUAAAGAAAAACACAGGGAAAAGAGGUUAAAAGAAAAGGCAGCUAGGAGAGAAGCCAGGAAGAGAAAUGCAAAGAAUCAAGAGGAAGAAGUAGCGUUUUUGGACUACAGUGACAGUGAUGGCGAAUUUGAUCCAAGCAUCCUUCCCGACCCCGACCAAAACAGAGAGACUGACCAAGAGGAUGAUCCUGAAAGCUUUGGUGGGCUUGAAACAGGCAGACAACGUUUUGGUGGAAGCAGAACAGAAGCAGCAGCGCCAAAAAGGAAGAAGAUGAAACUUAGCCAAGAGGAUUCAUUUGCGUCAUUAGACACAGGCCUUUCUCUCGCAGAAGACGAAGCGCUCGUGUUGGAGCUGCUCAGCGGUCGCAGCUAAUCAUUCCUCUCCCACUCUUGGGCCACAAAUACACCUAACGAUCUGAAUAUUGAUGGAUAAAUUCCGUGCACUCUGGAACUGACUGAGAUUCUGGUGUUUCUUACAAUGGCUCAUGAUCAGAUUGGUUGGUUGGCUGAUUAAUUUUAUACUUAUUAAAGAUCUAUAGCUUUCCCCAACCAUUGAUCUCUUCUAAAGAGGACCUUACUGCUGAUGAAACUCUGAAGGGGGGGGGGGGGGCAUGUUCAUAAAAUGUUUUCAUUUGUAAUAUUGGUUUGUAAACAAAAACUUUGGUGUACACCAGGGUCAUACAUCCUUCCUAUCUCAGUAAGCUUUGUUACGCAAUAGGAAGAUUGAAAAAAAGCUUUAUUAAUGAAUAAAUAUUGGUAAAUAUUU